UAUUUAUUAUAAUUAAUGUACUUUUUUUCUCUUCUUUUUUCAGCAUUCUUCUCAUAUGCCAAAGACUGUAGUGACUGCAGUAAAACCUAUCGUCUCUGUGAACAAUUUGAUGGCUAUGUGAAAUGUUCUUGUGAUUAUGGAUCUAUUGGAGACGGGUUUAACUGCACACAGUACGUGUUAUGUGAUACAAAUCCUUGCUGCCCCACUGGGUACAUUUUUGACUCACUCAAAUGUGUUAAUAUUAAUGAAUGCAAAGACCCAUCUGCAUAUAGAUGUGAGCCAGCAAGUUGCACAGAUAAGAAUGGUACUUACUUGUGUUCUAGCAAAAUAAUCAAGACAUGUGGUGUUUCCACCUGCUCCUCUAAUGAUGACUGUGUGAGUACCAAUGGUACUUUGACAUGUGUUGACCCAUGUGCAAUUGCCAAGGAGAUUGAUGGAGCAAGUAGACUAUACACAAUAAAAUCUAAUGGCAGAUUUCCCACUGAUCGCUACAAGUUUGGGUGGUUCAGAUUCAGCCCAGGAUAUCAGAUGAAGGUAGGAUGUGUUGGCCCUUUGAAGUGUGGCUCUCGGGAACCGUUUACUCUGAGCAAGAACCACCCAGAAAUUGGAGCAGGAAUUCAGCUGGUGCCAAUCGUUAAUAACGAUUUAACAGCUUGCACAACUGGAGCAUCCAUCCCUGUAAAGGCCUGUGAUGGAUACUACGUGUACAAGUUCUCUGGAACCUUAAAAUUUGAUGUAUAUUGCUCAGAAGCAUUUAUUCCACCAACUACAAAAACCACAACUAUUGCAACCACAACUACAGAACAUUCAACAGAUACAACUUCUACUCAACAAAUCACAUCUGAGUCCACAACAACCCCCGAGCCUGUAACCAGUAAAGAACCAACUACUAAGCCCGCGACUAAAGAACCAACUACUAGGCAUACGACUAAAGAACCAACUACUGAGCCUACUACUAAAGAAACAACUACUGAGCCUACAACUAAAGAACCAACUACUGAGCCUACUACUAAAGAACCAACUACUGAGCCUACAACAACUAAAGAACCAACUACUGAGCCUACUACUAAAAAACUAACUACUGUGCCUACAACAACUAAAGAGCCACCUACUGAGGCUAGAACAACUGAAGAGCCACCUACUGAGCCUACAACCACAGUAAAACCAGUUACUGAGUCUUCAACAACUGGAGAACCAACCAUUGCUCCUACAACACCAGAAGAAUCAACUGCUGAGCCUACAUCUACAUAUUCUUCUACUUCUUCACCUCCAAAACCUAUUGAAAGAAUUAAAUUAAAGAUUUCAAUAUUCAAUGACUUGGAGCUAACCAACCUUCUCUAUAGUAACCAUAAAAUAUCCACAAAUACCCCAUUGCAUGUGGUUCUGGAGGCUCAGGGUCUUGAAGGAGGCGAACACAUUCUGCUUGUCAGUUCAUUCUUUGUGAGUAAAAGUAACAAUUCUUCUGGAACAGAUUUCAUCAACGAACUCAUCAGUGGAGGAUGUCUGCUAAACGAUGCAGAUAAUGUGGAUGGCCUUGUAUCUGGAAUAGAUCUGAAAGAAGCAUCGAUCAAAGCAUACAGAGUUUCAAAGAAUAAUCAGCUAGAGACUACCCCUGAACCACAGUGUAAGAAGAAGGAUCAGGGAAUAUGUAAACUAUAACCAUACUCUGAGCCCAAUCGUUUCAGACUCUAUCAAGAUACUGAAUGAUGGAGAUGCAUUUAAGGACACUCUAGGCAAGAUCUACAAUCACCUUGGAGCUAACUAUUAAAAAAUAAUCAUCAUAUACUUGGCCUAUUCUUGAGACUAAAUUGUAUGAAUUCAGUCCCUUAGGGAAAAUGUUGUUUUCUUUUCAUAAGGUUUAAAUAUUUAUUACUUCUAUAUUUACAUAUAUUUGUAUUGUUACAUAAACUUGAUGUUUCCUUGGGUAUGUCUAAAAUAUACGUGUUAAUAAAUAAUAUUAAGUUUAAUGCUGUAUAAAUAUAUGCUUACUUAUGAAGUCACAAGGGAAAUAUAAAAAAAUAAUCCUGGUAUACAUUUUAAUGGAUUUUCUCUACAGAUUUCUGUAUUAUUGUUAGAAAUUAGUUUGUCCAUCUUAUUUUGAAGAUAUAGCUUCAAAACCCUUUAAAGAUAAAGUAGUACUAAGGAUGAGUCAGUCCCUCCUGCUUGUCCCUUCAAGGAUACUUGUUUGAUAGUGCAGUUCAUUUUACAAUAUCAAACUAAUAUUAAAGGGAUAUGAAACCCAACUUUUUUCUUUCAUGAUUCAGAUAGAGCAUGCAAUUUUGAACAACUUUCUAAUUUACUUCUAUUAUCAUUUUUUUCUUCGUUCUCUUGGUAUCUUUUGUUGAAAAGCAGGGACGUAAGCUUAAGAGACAGCCAUUUUCUGGAGCACUAUAUGGCAGCAGUUUUGCAAGAAUGUUAUCCAUUUGCAAGAGCAUGAGAUGGCAGAACUAUUUCCUACCAUUUAGUGCUCGAGAUGCCUACCUAGGUAUCUCUUCAACACAGAAUAUCAUGGGAACGAAGCAAAUUUGAUAACAGAAGUAAAUUGGAAACAUUUUUUUAAAAUGGAAUGCUCUGUCUGAAUCACAAAAUGAUUUUUUGGGAUUUUAUAUUACUUUAAAGGGAAAUUGUAGUCAAAAUUAAACCUUUAUGAUUCAGAAAGAGACUGCAACUUUAAAACAAAUUUCCAGUUUACUUUUGUUAGCUCCUUUCUAUGAGAACAUAUGUAGGUAGACUCAGAAGUGUGUAUGUGUCUCGAAAACUGAAGAUGCAGUUUUGUUAUAAACACUUCUGCCAUACAGGCAGCAUAUUUUUCAGUACUGAAGUAUUAGCUAUAAAAAAAAGAUAUGUAAACAUAGCCAGCAGAAGAAAUUACACUCCCAGUGGGAGGUAGGAGAGAUAAGUAAUAAAAUGGUAAUUUUCAAGUGAAUUCUCUAUGUAUUGCGCUUUGGUAUACAAACAGCAGCAAUUUCCCAUUUCCCUUUAACAGUAAUAUGAAGUCUGCAUGACUAGUUAUGCUCUACAAAAUAUUUUGUCAAUGCCGUACGUCUUAGAAAAAUAUGCAUCUAAACUGGUUUCAGUGGAUUUUUUGAGAAAAAAACAAAAACAUUAAUUUCAUACUUUAUAAAUUGCCCACGGGAGUGAGUUUAAAACGGUUUGCCUAGUUCACAUUAAAAAAUAAAGCAACAUAAUUGUUGGAAGUGACAUAUGUAAAUCUAUUAAUGUGCUUUGCAAAUUUAAAAAAAAAAAUACAAAUUCAUUGUACUUGCUAUUUUGUGUAUCUAUUGUUACAAAAACCUUUAAAGUGGAUCAGCCAUGUUAUUUUGGUGCUGGGUCUUACUUUCCUUUUUGAAACUGUCUAUUUUUUCUAAAUAUAUAAUAUAGCAUCUAUCUAA